AUGGGGCUCAACGCGUACUUCGGCAUGGGGCUCACCGCCACGCUACCGCCCGACACGUGGUACAAGCGCUGCGGCGCGUGCUACCUCGUGAAGUGCGCCAACGACACGAAGCGGUGCCGCGGAGACAAGGCGGCGGUGACGGUGCGCGUGGUGGGCGAGGGCAAGGCGGCGAAGCAACUGUCGCUGUCGCGCGUGGCGUGGGGCAAGAUCGUGAAGGGCGACGCGGCGAGCCCCAUGAACAUCACGUACAAGCGCACGUCGUGUGUGUCUACCGCGGGAUCCGCCGUGCGCGUGCGACGCGACGCGACGGCCGACAAGUUCAAGAUCCGGCUGGUGGGGCUGGCGGGCACCGGCACGCUGUCUCAGGUGGAGCUGAGCGCGGACGGCAGCAAGUGGGUGAACCUCACGCGCGACGGCAGCAAGGCCGUGUGGGUGGCGGGCGCGGACGCCAAGCAGGUGGUCGGAGCCAAGAAGGCCAUGAGCGUUUGGCUCACGGCGCCCCACACGCUCGAGAAGAUCACGCUCUCGACCGUCAUUCCUGCCAACUGGAAGGUCGCUGGGCUGUACAGCUCCAAGGGUUCCGCGCGAAAUUCCUUGGAGUUUGACGCGCUGCGGCAGCAGCUUCGAGCCGAGAUUAACAAGGCUCAGGCCGAGCGGUACCGACAACGCUGUGAGGCGAGCCUUGGCGAACUGGUCAAGAGACAGGUUGUUCUUGUAGACGAAGGAGUGGAGGCCGUGAUAAGCGAACCCGCAGUAGUUGGCUUGCAAGGGGAUCUGCCUCUGUCUUCCACACCUGAGGGCGAGGAGGACGAGAAGUCGGCAGAAAUUCAGACGCGUAGGCGAGCGCAAGUAGAGGAAGUGGGAGGAAGGGAUGAGCCUGAAUGCGCGUUGAAAGAGCAAGCGACGUUGUCCGUUGAGGACGGAGAGCUCCCUGUCGCACAUAGCUCUCCCGUGCCAUCGAACACCCCUACGAACGUUGCGACGCACUGUGCGACGGUGCCGUCGGACGACGACGAUGCGCUGCUCCAAGCGGCGCUGGCAAUUCCUCCGCCCGCGCGGCACCAGCUGCCCCGCACGCCCCUGCCGCAAGCAACCGUUCCAGCAGGCGACGCCGCUGAUCCGUGUCCGGCAGUGGCAGUUGAUAAGGUAGUGGAGGGCGAUAUGACAGUCAGGCUGGAUUUGGACUCAGAGACUGGUCCAGGCUUGACGAAUGUUCAGGAAGACCGUUCUGCUAGAAUCCAGCAGGACGAGGUAGAUGCGCGGGUGUUGGCGGUGGGAGGUGGGCAGCAGUCAGCGGAAGAGCGUUGCGGAGACGCUGGUCCGUCCGGGGCGGGUGAGUGGAGGCGAGUUGCGCGAGAGGCGGUGGAGAAGCGGCGGCUUGCGGAGGAGGAGCAGAGGCGCGCGGAGGCAGUGGCGGAAGAUGUGCGGAAGGAGAAUGAGAAGCUGAGGGACAUGCUGCGGUGUUUCGAGCACUCAGUGGUAGAUGAGAAUUCAAACAGCAACAAUCCCAGCGAAACCAUCACUCCUGGCGCCAACUCUGUGGGAGGCGAAAGUGGGCGCGAGAGUGCAACAGCUGCAAUGCGUUGCCGAGUGAGUGGUGAGGUAGGAGGAGAGGGGACCGGAAAUGGAACGGAGGAACCGGGUGGAAACUUCGUGGAGAACGUUGUGACAGGGAGUGAGGUUGGAGGAGACGCAGGGGGGAUGGGCACAAGCGGGGAAGGACGCCUAGAGGAGCAAAGCGCAGAUGGCGGAAAAGGCCUGGAGGAGAGCAGCGCGGAUGGCGGAAGAGGCCGAGAGCAGAGCAGCGCAGGUGGCGGGAGCGGCGUCGAUUUGCAGGACAUGAUCCAGAGGCUGCGCGCACGUAGCCUUCGCGCGCUGACGCAAGCGCAGGCGGAGAGGCGCGCAGAGGAAGAGGGCGCACGCGCUGCGCCAACGAGAGAUGCGGGAGAGGGGGAUGCGGAGGGGGAAGGGCUUGUCAAUGAUGCCAGCGCUGCUGCUGGCGGUGGUGGUGGCGGUGGUGGUGGCGGUGGUGGUGGUGGUGGUGAUGAUGAUGACGUCUUUCUUACACCACCCCUGGUGCCUAUCGAAGGAGGGGAUGAGAAGCAAGGCUCUGCAGGGGAGGACUGUGAGGACGCAGCAGUUUUGGGCAGCACGAAAUGCGUAGAGACAACAAGGGCCAGCCCGGCUUGCAGCCAAGUGGCAAGUGCCCUGGGAUUGACUAGAGCACCCAUGGUGGUUGAGGUGUCACACACGGCUGGGGAGAGUGCAAGGGGGAGAGCAGGCAGUGCUGCAGCAGCGAACCAGCAGACCCGCUCCACGUCCCUCUCUGCAGCUAAGUGCCUGGUUGCCCUGGGGACGCACUCUCCUGUGCUGACUACGUUCUUCCAGCGGGCGUUCCCUGUGCCUAGGCUCAAGGGCUCGGGCAGUGUACAGGUGAGGCGCAGUGUGCUGCCUGCUGCAGGCAGGUUCUGA